GCCUCCCUCUCUGAUUGGCUGGGGGUGACGUCAGGUGCUUUUUUUUCAAGGCAUGACCUCAUCCUCAGUUCAUUUUUAGUUCUAAAGUGCAACCUUCUGUCUUCCUGGAUCCCUUCGGCCCUGUUAAUGCUUAUCUGUGCCAUCCACCCCCACCACCCCCUUUGUGCAGGGACAUGCCUGCCCCUCACUUACUGGGCUAGUAUUAUGACUACAUUUCAGUGUGGGUGCCUGUAUGUGUUUGCAAGGGGCUAGAACUUGCAUCAUCAGCACUGGCACCAGCCUUGCAGGGCUUCUCAUUUGAUCAUCCUGUAAUUGCGUUUAAUUAUCCUGACGAAUGUGCAGAAAUUUGCCAUCAGCUGGAGAACCUCAGGAGCUCUGAUUCCCCCGGCUGCAGAGGAAACACGGGAGGGUUCAGCACGAUGACUUGGCAUCCUGGGCUUUAGCGGCGUGGCAAGAUCAGGACAGGUGCUGCCCUGCUCGCGCUGUAUCCCACUCCCUCUCUCCUCUGGGAGAUCUGUGCUGGCUUCCCUGCCCCUGGCCUUCCCUCCCUUCCUCCCAGUCACCGCGGAGGGGACGGGUCCGUUAUGGCUGGGGACAGACUCCCACGCAAAGUGAUGGAUGCUAAGAAGCUGGCCAGCCUCCUGAGGAACGGGGCCGAGGGCACCUUGGUCAUUGACAGCCGCUCCUUCGUGGAGUAUAACUCCUGGCACGUCCUCAGCUCCGUCAACAUCUGCUGCUCCAAGCUGGUCAAGAGGCGGCUUCAGCAGGACAAAGUCUGCAUCACGGAGCUCAUCCAGCCAGCCUCCAAGAUGAAGGUGGAGGCGGAAGAGCACCAGGACGUGGUGGUCUAUGACCAGAGCACACGGGACGUGAGUGGCUUGGCUGCCGACAGUUUCCUCUCCAUCCUCCUGGGCAAGCUGGACAGCUGCUUCCACAACGUCUCCAUCCUCACAGGGGGCUUUGCCACCUUCUCCUCUUGCUUCCCAGGACUCUGCGAAGGGAAACCAGCUGCCAUCUUGCCAAUGAGCAUCUCCCAGCCGUGCUUGCCAGUGGCCAAUGUUGGCCCCACCCGCAUCCUGCCUCAUCUCUACCUGGGCUCCCAGAAAGAUGUCCUAAACAAGGACCUGAUGACUCAGAAUGGAAUAAGCUACGUCCUCAACGCCAGCAACUCCUGCCCCAAGCCAGACUUCAUCUGUGACAGUCACUUCAUGCGCAUUCCUGUCAAUGACAACUACUGUGAGAAGCUGCUUCCCUGGCUGGACAAGUCCAUUGAGUUCAUUGACAAGGCCAAGGUAUCCAGCUGCCAAGUGAUAGUGCACUGCUUGGCAGGGAUCUCCAGAUCAGCCACCAUUGCCAUCGCCUACAUCAUGAAGACCAUGGGCAUGUCUUCAGACGAUGCCUACAGGUUUGUCAAAGACCGGCGCCCAUCCAUAUCGCCCAACUUCAACUUCCUGGGCCAGCUCCUGGAGUACGAGAGGAGCCUGAAGCUCCUCAAGGCCUUGAAGGCCCAAGGUGAUAGGAGUGAGGGGGAUGCCCAGCUAGACCCGGCUGAAGUGCCUGAGAGCAACAGGCACCUGAAGCUUUCUACCUCAGAAAAGGCCGAGGACAUAUCGAAAAGCACAAGCUUGGCACCCUCCCGCAGUGAGCCAGCAGGAGCUCCCAAAAUUGUCUCACCCACAGCACUACAGCAAGGACUCAACGGCCUACACCUGUCCUCGGAGCGCAUCCAAGACACCAACCGGCUAAAGCGCUCCUUCUCCCUGGACAUCAAAUCAGCCUACUCCCCCAGCCUGAGGCAGGACACCCCAGGCCCCGCUGACACCGGGGAAGCCCCCAAGCUUUGCAAGCUGGACAGCCCUUCUGGACCUAACGGCUUGUGCCAGUUCUCGCCCGUGCCGGAUAGUCCCGACUGGCCCAGUGGGCCGGACUUCCUGCUGGAAGCCAAGGUGAGGCAGAGGCGGAAACACAGGCAUCAGGCAGGCUCCCCUGCCCACGGGAUGAGCCUCAAUUUCAGCGGGGUGUGUGCCAUGCACAAAAGCACCAGCGUGGAGGACAAUCUCAAGCAGACACUGCGGCUGAGCCUCCCUGGCGUGGGACAGCAGCCCACACAGCCAGCUGCGGCACCAAACUCUGCCGGCGGAGGGGGGGUAGGCGCCUGGGGUGUGCAUUUGGAAUCACCCAGCACCCCGUCGUCGGAGAACCCCUGGUACUUUGGCACAGACUCGGCAGUGGGCAGCGGCAGUGGCGGAGGGAGCGGGGCCUUGUUUGCCAGUGCUGCCUCAUACUCCUCUUUCAGCUGCAGCACCCUGCAGGGCAGCUGCGAGAUCAGGUUGAGGGACAAGCAGAGGGCGGAGCAGAGGGACGGGCGGCACAGCUGGCACGAGGAUGCUGCCGCAGAGAAGCAGUUCAAGAGGAGGAGCUGCCAGAUGGAGUUCGAGGAGACCAUGUCAGAGGGCAGGUCCCGGGAAGACCUGGGCAAAAUAGGCAAACAGUCUAGCUUUUCGGGCAGCAUGGAGAUCAUUGAGGUGUCCUGACAUUCAUCCUGGGGCAUUGGAGAGUGAGAUAUUUAACUGGGAAGAGGCCAGGUGGGGGUGGGGAGGGGACAGUAUUUAUACCCGUGUGUGUAUUCGCAGGUGCACACACGCCAAAAUGAAACAAAGAUGAAUGAAUCCAAAGUCAGGAAACAUGACUGUGCAUGCUUAGUGCCCCUCCCCCUUGCUCUCUUUUUCCCCUUCCCCACCCUGGCUGCAUUCCCUUUUGGGAGGGACGAGCCUAUUAACCCUUUCACCCCUGGAUUCUCUGCCCCCUGGGCAGAAAGUGACUCGCUGGGGUGAUGGAAGAGCGGAUCUUUGACUGAAGUAGAGGAGAUGCUCGUCAUAUCUGAGCACCCCAGCGGUGUCAUUCUCAGCUUAAAAUUCUGAGCGGGGUUUAAUAUUUUCUCUGCAGAUGUGCAGUCAAAAAGUAGGGGUGUCUUCAUUUAGAAGAGAGCGUUAUCCUGACCAAUGGGAAAUGGCAGAGGCUUUGCUCACUCCAGCUCUCCGUCCUUUUGUACCAGGGUGGGGGAUGGAAUGUAGGUGGCUCCCUCCCAAGGGUGGGGUGGGUACAUUUGCAUUAGCUCCUCCCCCUCAGCCUUUUUCUCAUCCUGGUGCACUAAGCAUGCUCUGCCUGUGUUUUUUCUGGCUAAGUAUCUUAAUAAUGCUGCACUACCGCAGCCCUAUACAUAUAUAAAUAUAUAUUAUAUAUAAUAUAAAAAAACCCACACAAAGAAAAAGGUAAAUGGUUUUACUGCAAUUUUUAUUGAGACGUAAAUAAUAUUUCAGUGGUUUUGUUUUUAAUUUAUUGAAGCUGUUCAUUCUGGCAAUGAUUUGCAGACAUUGUGGGGCGGUACGUUCAGCUCUAUUUUUACUGUCUAUGGUAUUUAAAUCUGAAACACGAGUUUCUAAGCAAUAUCCGCGGCCUGUGACUCCUUCUGUAGCGCACGUCGGCGACACGGACUCCCCAUUCCCUGUGCGCAAAGCAAAAACUGGGCAGGAAAAAUCUUUCAUGCACUUUUUAAAAAACAAAACAAAACAUCUUCUUUCAACACAAACUGAGCAGGAAAUUCUCUCCUGAAAGCUGCUGCUUUACCUUUUGGUUCCUAUUUGAUUCUCUCUUGUCUCCAUCAAAGCCAUAGAAUCUUUCCCUCUCCCAGUUUUGGGACAGAAGGGCUGUCAUUGGUCUAUGGAAAAACCAGGGGGGAAGGGAGAGACUAUGUAAAAAACAGAGGAUGGGAUGUGGGGAAUGAGGGAGGAGAGGAGGCUUUUCAUUAAAGAGGCAGCAACCCAUACUGGGUUGUGUUGGAGAAUUUGGGGGUUACUGGGUCCUUUUGGAGAAAAAAUCACUCCCUAGAUUGAGUGCUCGAUGGGUUCUGUGGGGGCUGAACUCCCAUGAGCACCUGCCUUUCCCACGUGCUCAGGGUGCUUCUGGGGAGGAGGUGGGGGCGAUAGUGUUCAGGAGAAAUAGGGAACACUUCUCACCCUUGUGCAUGGGUGAGAUUGUGAUGAAAAGCCCUUGAGACCCUGCUUUCCCCCUCCCAGUGUUACUCCACAUGGCUGUCCGGAGGGACUGCACCCUGGAGGAAAAUACAGGCCUCAUCCUUAGGAACAAAUGGAGUUAUUUAUUGUAGUACCAGAAUGAACCCCAGGGGGUCCUGAGAACAGCGACAGAUUUCCCACUGCAAGAUAGUUAGACAGUUACCUCUGAGUGCUUAGCAUAAAGCAUUGCUCAGUACUCCAGCACCAGUUCUCUACGCAUGGUCAGGGAGCGUAUCCAGCACUGGGGCUCCAGUGGGCGUGCAAGUGACAUGGGGCAGAGGGAAAACAGUCCAAAGACACAGGUGAAACCAAUGAAAGACCAAACUGAAUGGGCACUUCAGGAAGGAAAAGAGAGAGAGGAAACGCCAGGAAAUGCAUUGAAAGGCUAAGAGCCAAACCCAAUAUUUGGGAUAUCAAUAUGAGGAUAAGCCACUCCCUCCUUACCCCACCCCUAUCUCCAAACCCACCCACCCACCUGCAGCAGCAUCCUCCCAUACUCAGGUGUGUUGCUAAGAAGAUUGGUUUCACUGUUUUUUCUUUUCCUGGUUUUUUUCCUGGGAUUUUGCUUCGGAGAGUUUCUGUUAAUUGACCUUUUCAGAGUAACUGAAGCGAAUGAUGGUUCGUUCUUACCCAGCAGAAGGCAUGGUGCCAGCCUCCAAGGGAAUCCCUGCCAAAAACCUGUCUCCCUCUGGGAGUUCAGGUGAGUAAAGAGUGAGGAUUUCCUAGGGAAGGCCUCCUGCGUGGGAUUCUUCCCUUGAUUUAUUUUUUUAGAGGUGGCGUCGGGCCCAGGUGGGACCUUUACGAUAACACAGGUGCUGAGGAAGGGCCAGGUUCUGCUGUUACUGAAGCCAAGGGUGCAAGAGGGAGCCCUCAAGGAGGCCAAUGAGCACACAGUGCAGAAAGCUUCCCUACGUUAGCAAGCGUGGUCAAGAGAAAAAUGACAAAGGGGCCGCGAGUGGCUUCUGUUCUGAUUCUCAGACACUGUUGGCUGCUUCUCCCCUUUAUGAAAGUCCCUGUUUUAAAGGGGAACAAAGCCCUCACCCCCAAAACUGUGUUUCUCCCACGCAGCGGGAUGCUUAGACCUUGCUGCUGAGUCGCUGCUUGGUGAUAUGGGCACAGAUCUAUCUCUACUGCAAAGCACAUUUCGCUCUCUGUAGCUUUCCUCCUUUUAGUAUCAUGCUGGUUUCCAAGCCAAUACCUCAGGGGUUUUUGUUCAUGUGUGUAUUGUGUGUGAUUUUUAGAUCCCCCCAGCUCUUUUUUUUCCCCCACCUUCCCUUCUUUUUCUUUUGUGUUUGUUUGUGUUUAUUUUCAAAUCAAACUACACAAAACAAAAAUAAUGAUCUCAGGUUUAAAACUUAACCACAGACCGAAGCCGUGAGGAGCUGCAAUAAUAAUUUUAAUGUUCUGGUGGCAUCAGAUUGUCACUUUCCUUAUGAUCAUUGUCUGUCUCUGCUGAUGUGCGCGUGUCCUCGGCGGAUGGGAGAGGGGAAUCUCCAAGGAGGCUUAUGACUGGCAUUAGGCUUCUUGAUUUUUUUUUUAAAGGGGUUAAGUGAGAAGCAUGGAAACCUCAAAUAAUCCCUUCUGGUACCCCAAAAUGUGCUGGAGUUGAUAGUGGGGGAGGGGAAAGUUGAGUGAUUAAAUGCAUUUGAUUUGCCAUGUUGAAGUAUUAAUAAAAUACAAGUUUUGAUGAUGGUUGGAUCCCUCUGCCUAUCCCAUCCCUCUUUUUCCUACAGCUGUUUUGAAAGGGGGGGUAGAUACUCAUUUUAACUCUCUCUCUCAAAAAACACAGCAUCCAUAUUUCUAGUGAGCACCUCAAAUCAGCAUCAGUGUUGCCGACUACUGUUUUUAGGAGGUAGGCGGAACCCUUCCCCUUUCUUUCUUGCAUUCCCAUCCAGCAUAGAGAUAUGGUGUGUGGAGACAAUGGGGAGGCAGUGAUUCUAAGGGAACUGGUGUAUUACAUAGCAUCCCGGCUCGAUCGGGAGGUUUAUAACAAAGAAAAGCUUUCAAAGGGCUUCUUGAGCUUUUAACCACUGAGACCCCACUAACCACUGGCUGCAAUAUGACCUGUCUCAUGUUUUAACCCUUUUGGGGCUGCCAAUCUUCUUCUCUCUCACUCUGUGCUGCAUUUUCAGUGAAAUUUGAAAAAUUCCAGCCAGCCCUAGAGCUAGUCACAAAAAAAGAGAACAAAUGUUUGUCUACAUUUUUCCCCCCUUUUUAAAUUUCAACAUAUAAAUUCAGAGAUUCUCAGCCAAGCCAGGUCAAUUGGCUGGUCAGUCCCAGACAGCAAGAGGUUACACUGUGAAAUAUGCUAGCAGGACAGUGUUUCCAUGUUCACAUCUUACCGAUGUUCCAUAAGCCUAGCACAGGAUCAUGCACUACAAAUGGAGAAUCCCCAUUUGUAUCCUUGUUGCAGUCCACCUGACCUGAAAGCAGGGCUGUCAUAUACAGAAGUGUCUCCAUAGAGAACACACAGCUUCUUAGACCAUUUCAACAGUAUUGAUCAGCAGUCCUAAAGGAUACUUGCCUUAUGACAAGGGGAAGAGCCAUCCAGCUGCUUAGCAGUAAAUGACUCACUCUUGUUCUGCAAGUCACACAGAAAUCUGUUCAUGUAGGGUCUGCCCUUGAUCUUCCAAGGGUUGGUGCACUAGAACUGGAGUUAGUACAGAGACCUCUUCAGCUGUGAAGUUCGUGAUAGUUUCCCCUCCAUGACAUGUGACCCAGCUGCAUUGCAGUGCAGAGGGAGGAGCUAAUGAGGGUGCCUCCAGGCAACCCCUCACUCCCAUUCAUAUAUUAUUGGUUGAAGCUUGGGAGAAGUAUGAGCCACAGCAGUUGCAAAGCACCCCAAAGCCACGGUCUCCUCCCUGGGUCUCUGCUAGCCUCUGUAUUGUAAGGGGUUUUCCCCUUCCACCACAGCUGGCAUUCCAUAGCUGCCAGCACCAGCUCGGCCCGGAGUUGCUGUCUCCCAUCUUUUAACCUUACAGCGUUAGAGAGAAUUAAGAGUUUCCUUUUCCUGUUGCAGUAGGUCUUACCACCACUGCUAGCAUUGGUCCAGCUCCACCCAUGAUAGCUAUAGUGGAGUUCUAGAGUAGAUAAGGCAUUGGCAUUUUUACCACUAUGCCCUCAAGACUUGGGUGGACUUGGAUGACAUGGUGGUACACAGGAUCCUACUCUACAUUAUUACCCCCCAGCACUAAUACCACUAUUAGAGCUGCAAUGGUAGGAAAUUUGGGGGUUAAAAAUCUAGUGUAGACGCAACCUAAUGACAGACAUGACAUGAGAUGUGAUGGGGCUCAGCCCCUUAGUCCUGCAUGAAGUCACUGCAGAGUGUGCUGUAGGACACAUCCGGGCCAUCCUCAGCCUGACACUGCAAUCUCAACCUUUAUAAAUACGAACAACAAGCAGACAGGGUCAGUGAAGAACGACAUGAGCAGCUGCCUGCUCAGAAAUAGCAGCAGGGCUCUGAACAGCUGCCAUCUUGUGGCAUUUUAGAGAAACAGCUACUGUGGUGCGUGCAAAAAUGGGGGUCUCGUUUUUUGGUCUAGUCUCCCUCAACCCUAGACUGUCAGCAAAGCCCUUCAGCAGCUCUGUCUCUGCACACACUGAGGUGACAUCUACUCUGCUGUCCAUUCUGCAACCAAGCCAAAGGUUUUAAGAGCCAUGGGGCGUUUAUAACCCAUCUCAUCAGUGUUGUGAAUAUGCUUGCAUUUGCCCUGCCCUUUCUGAUGGUCCUUGUGAGAGGAGUUGUUCUCACUUGGAGCAUUUUAAAGCUAAAACUCUAGAAAAAUAUCCUCUAAGGGAAGAUUCCUGCACUAGCCUCGAGUGGUAGGACUGAUCCAAAGCCAUUGAACUCAAUAGGAGUCUUCCCAUUGUCUUCACUGGGCUUUGGAUCAAGCCCUACAUGGCUGAAUAGAUCUUUUCUGUCUCUUGUAUCAAGGUUAGUUACCUUGGAGGAUUUUAUCUGUUGCCUAAUUGGUCCCCAUCCCUUACUGCGUCUCUUUAAUGAACUCUGUCAGCCAGAAUGCAUCAUCCUUGCCUUUAGUGGAGUUACUUCUGAUUUACAGCAGGGUAAGUGAGAUCAGACUCUGUCCCAUUGAUUUAAAUUGGAGCAGGAUUGGCCCUAAGGAGAGUAAAUGAGCCCCCCUAUUGGACAAUCGGAUGAAUUUAUAAAGCAUCUGAUUGGUGCCCUGCUGCUUAGAUCAUCCAAUCAUUUCCUGCAAUAGCUUCAUUGCUUGGAGUGCAGGUGUGAAUUGGUAGAUUUUCAGCCUUCUUAAGGGCAGACAGUAAAGCUACCCAGAUGACCCUCCUCUAGAAUGCUCCAUAUGUCCCAGCUUCUAAAGGAGUGCGAGGCUGAGCCACACGCAGUCAGGCAUACCUGGCUAACUCCUUGACACGCUGCAGCAUCCCCAUUUCUUUUGUAGCUUCAGAGGACUGGCAAGGGAGGGAUCCUGGGAGGAAAGGAGUCGGCAACACUGAAGCCCAAAGGUAUUUUCCUAGCUUGUGCUGUGUUCCCAAUCUCUCGUCUCUCUGUGUUUGUUUCUUUUUCUGGCCAUGCAUCCCUGUCAUGUCUCUGUUAUAGGAAGCCUACACCCAAAAGAAACCCCUUCUGCCUUCCCUCUUAAACUACCAAUAAUAAGCUAUCAGUGUUGUAAUUGCAAUCUAUGAAUUAUAGAUUUAAGUAUUUAUUAAUUAUUAUUAUUAUUAUUAUUACUAUUAUGUAAUUUUUUCUUCUUAAUCUUUGUAUGUUGCUCUUUGGUUCUCUGUUGUGAAUAAGUGCAGACCCCCAGCCACCUCUCCAUUCCCCACCUGCCUCAACCCUGUCUCUGCCCCACCAGUCUGGGGCUGGCUGCGCUAUACUGUGCCAGGCCUAGCUCAUUAGCUGUCCUGGAGAAGGCACACACACUGGUAGGCCCAUGUGAGUGGAUUUGAAAGGGUGAAACCUCCAGAGGUUCUGAAACCACCAAAGCCCAGGGCAAUGCCUUUCUCUCCCCUACACCCACACCCACACACCUUGGAGUCUACUCAAGUUUGUAGGGAGCAGGAAUGGAGAAUUCAAAGGCACACACAUAAAACUAAAGGAAAAUUGACCAGGUUUUCAGGAAACAGUCAGUGCACACAUGCUCUCAGGGUUCCCCACUCUGGUGUCUGAAUCCAGGACGUUGAUCUUUACCAGGAAUAGUUUAAUGGCCUGGCAUCACCAGCUAUUUUGGCAGCAUUCUCCAUGCCGCCCAAAGUCACCGCACCUUUCUUUGGGGAGCAAUCCUGGGCUUUCUUGGGUUCAAUUUCCCUGCCACCUGAUGAUCUUUCUUUGUCCAAGGAGCCACACCUUCUGGGGAAUGAGGAUGUUCAGUUUUAGAGCAGCAGAGCUCCAGGCUGCCCAGAAGGGGCUUAGUGGAAGACCAGCCCACGGGCAAAGAGAGAUCUGAUCACACUAGCCUCUUAAGAAUGAUAAGGAUGCAAGAAGAGAGGGGGAAUGGCCCCAUAAGUGCAUGCAUUGCUGGCAGAAAUAACUGUGGUUUUCCAGCAUUAAGAAUUCACAGGAAGCAGAGUUAAGAUUUCCGAGUAACUGUGGUGGCCAGAACCUGGCACUUGCUUCUUGUACCCAUAGUCUGGACUCGUCCUGAAGCCUACAAGUACCCAAUCAACAGGGUGGGGAGGAGGCCUGAGAGAAAGUAUCAGUCCCAUAGGAAGGGAAUUCUCUGUGUGCCACAGUAUCAAAUAUUAUCUCUUUAACUAGCCAGUCCAGUUAGAAGUCAUUUUAAAUCAAGGGGAUUAAUGUUGCCCUUCCAAGAGAAGCCACGCAAUGGCCUAUCAUCUCUGACAUGAGUGUGGUUUAUUCUAGAUAGAAGUCGUCUUUCCCUUUUGCUGUGCUGAAUUUAUUUUGUCACUCAAAAUCUAUCCUAAAGGAGCAGAGAAACCCAGUUCCGGCUUUAUCCUCUUCUCAGGAGCCAUAUGUAGAAUCCAUUCCAGCUCUUCUAGAAAUCCAGUUUGGGCUCCAUUCUUCCUCUCUCAAGUGCAUUUCCAGGCAGCAAUGGCUAGGGGGUUAAAUGAGGAUCACCUGCUCUGCAGACAAUGCUGUGGAUUUGGGGCCUGAGGGGGCUGAGCACUCCUAGCCCCCCAUGGAUGUUGCUCAGGAGGUGUGCAAUACCGUACAGGAGAGCACCAAUGUAGCAAACACACAGCGCCCCUCAGCACAGAGAUUGGGUCCAGAACAGACAGGGGCACUUGGAAUGCAUCCUAAGUGCUAGGUGGGGAGACAGUAUCUUGCAACCAGCCCACUGUGUUCCAUUCCCUUCUCAGUUAGUCACUGAAACCAAACUCAUCUCCUGCCUGUUACACCAAUGCUGAAGUCCGAUGGCGCCUGGCAGGACUGAGAGACAAGCUCUGCCCUGCCCUGUCUUUAUUUAUUUAUUACCGGAGGCUGUAAACAGCAGUGCUUUUUUACCCUCUUUCUUUUCCUUUCUUUUGUACUUUGGAACAACAUGUUGUAAUAAAUGC